CCUAUAAAUAGGCAUGCUUUCAAAAGGUUUACUCACCCAAAGCAAGAAAACUUGGAAGACUUGAAUCUAGUAACCUGCCAAGCUACAAUGAAAGGUGUUUAUUUCCUGGCAUCUUUUCUCUUUUUGGCUCUGGCUUCCUCAUUUGCCUCUGCCUCUGACCCUAGCCCUCUUCAAGACUUUUGUGUAGCCCUCAAUGACACUAAAAAUGCAGUAUUUGUGAAUGGGAAGUUCUGCAAGGACCCAAUGCUUGCCAAAGCAGAAGACUUCUUCUUUUCAGGGCUCAACGUGCCAGGAAACACAUCAAAUCAACUGGGGUCAAAAGUCACUCCUGUUAAUGUGGAACAAAUUCCAGGACUUAACACUCUUGGCGUAUCUCUGGCAAGAGUUGACUUUGCACCUUAUGGUGGGCUAAAUCCCCCUCACACUCACCCUCGUGCCACAGAGAUCCUAGUUGUCCUAGAAGGCACACUCUAUGUCGGCUUUGUCACAUCCAACCCGGAUAACCGUCUCAUCACCAAAGUCCUCUACCCUGGCGAUGUUUUUGUCUUUCCGGUUGGUCUCAUCCACUUCCAGCUCAAUAUAGGGAAAACUAAUGCAGUUGCCUUCGCUGCUUUCGGCAGCCAAAAUCCAGGAGUUAUCACUAUUGCAAAGGCAGUCUUUGGCUCAAACCCUCCCAUCAAUCCUGAUGUUCUCACCAAGGCCUUCCAGCUGGACAAGAACGUAGUGAAAUAUCUUCAGUCACAAUUCUGGUGGGAUAACAAUUAGACCAAUAUUCAACAUCCAUGAAGCAGUAGACAGUUUGGAGCAAUAUCUUACAUGUUUCCAUCAUUAUUUAAGUAAUUCUUGUUGAAGUCAAAUAAAGAGGUUGCUUAUGUAUCUCCACUGAUGUAAUUCUCCCUGUAUGUUGGUUUUGGAUUUAUUAUGUUAUUACGGUUUACUCCAAAUUAGUACCAAAUCUCAACUUUUAUCUA